UCAUGGUUGUUUUACACUCCUGCUUUUUCAAAAGUACACACAGCUCCCAGGUCGCGGGGUUUUAGUUCUACAGAUUUCAUAAAUUUUAUAAAUUUGCAAAUAUGGUUGGAUAAGAAAUUCAACACUAUCUAAGAAAAUAUUUCAUGUAACACUAAACUAAUAAAGACAAUUACCGUAAGAGUUUUGAUGUCCGAAGAUGUCCCAUCGUAAUUACGUACGUGAAGAGCAGUAUGUAGGACCUUACAGACUUGAGAAGACGUUGGGAAAAGGUCAGACAGGACUUGUUAAAAUGGGAGUACACUGUGUGACAGGUAAAAAGGUAGCUGUUAAAAUAGUCAAUCGAGAGAAAUUAAGUGAUAGUGUUCUUCAAAAGGUUGAAAGAGAAAUCGCUAUCAUGAAACUUAUCGAACAUCCUCAUGUACUUGGAUUAUAUGAUGUUUACGAAAAUAGACGACAUUUAUAUCUUAUUUUAGAACAUGUGUCCGGUGGUGAAUUAUUUGACUAUUUGGUCCGAAAAGGUCGUUUGGCACCAAAAGAAGCAAGAAGGUUUUUUAAACAGAUUAUAUCUGCAUUAGACUUUUGUCAUAGUCAUUGCAUAUGUCAUAGAGAUUUAAAACCGGAAAAUCUUUUACUUGAUGAUCAAUUAAAUAUACGUGUCGCUGAUUUUGGUAUGGCAUCAUUACAACCUGAGGGUUCAUUGUUAGAAACUAGUUGUGGCUCCCCACAUUAUGCUUGUCCAGAAGUUAUAAGGGGUGAAAAAUACGAUGGACGUAUGGCAGAUGUUUGGUCUUGUGGAGUGAUUUUAUAUGCUCUACUUGUGGGUGCAUUACCAUUUGAUGAUGAUAAUUUAAGAAAUUUAUUAGAAAAGGUUAAAAAAGGAGUAUUUCAUAUACCAGCAUUUGUUUCAACUGAUUGUCAGUCAUUAUUAAGAUCUAUGAUUGAAGUGGAUACACGUAAACGUAUUACAUUGAAGGAGGUGCUGGAACAUAAGUGGGUCAUUGGUGACCAAAAUACACCUUUACCUUUGGAGCUGCCUAUGACUCAAGCUGUGCAAACUGCUAUUAUUCCUACACGUGCGGAUAUAGAUCCUGACAUAUUUUCUACAAUGACUUCUUUACAAUGUUUUCGCGAUCAAGAAAGAUUAGUUGAAGAAUUAUUAUCUCCAGUACAUAAUACUGAGAAAGUUAUUUAUUUUCUCUUAUUGGAUCGUAAACUACGAAAUCCCAGUUCAGAUGAUCCAGAUGAAAUUCGAUCUAGGAGUAGUACUCCUGAUCCACCUCGUAAAAGAAUAGAUAGUUUGAAAUUAACAUUAAAUGGUUCAUCACGUUUAUCACUUGGAAAUCUAAGUGAAGGUUCCCCACUAUCUGGUCGUCGUGGUUUAGCUGUACAAAAAUUACGAAAAAAAUCAUUCUCUAGUGGAUUAGAUAGUCAAUCUAGUACGCCUGCUGUUAGCCCAUUAGGUUCACCACUUUCCCUUCAACGUGUUCAUUACAGACCAGUAGGAUGUGAAAACUUAGAAAAUUCACAUUCUGUACAAGUAUCCAUAUCAGUCCCACCAUCAGCUAGAUCACACACUACAUCUACAGUAUCUUCUACAAAUACAUCUGAAUCACGAUCUAACACAGUAACAAUUACAUCAUCUGAUAACUGUAGUUUAACCAGUAAUAUUUCAACAAAUCAUGUAUCAACAAGUACCACUAAUUUAUCAUCAAAUCUUCCAAUUCAUGGAAUUACUUCUAACUCUUCGAUCGGUGGUACCCAACAAUCCCAUAUACCGCAAUUACAACAACAUCCAAAUCUUAAUAUUUACUAUUUUGGAAGCAUUCCACAUAUUGGUCAUAGACCACAACAUUUUCUUCACCCAUCAAUGGCUCCUAUUCCUGUUGCAACAACUUUAGCUCCACCACCCCAUUUUGUACCACCACCAUUCCAUCAUCUACUUCCUCAUCUUCAUCCACAUUCAUUUACACCUGGACCCUAUUUUAUGCCACCGUUCGCAAGUGGUAAUAAUAAUAGUUCCAUGCUACCGGCUCCAUCUGGCCCUGGUGUGACUAUACCUUCUUUAUCCACAACAACACCAACGACAAAUAAUUAUAAUAACAGUAUUGGAUUGUUACCGGUGCUCACUGAAGUUUCAUCAGUUUCCGAUCAAACCAAUCAUCCAUCAUCAGUAAAUCCUAACAUUGUUUCAUCAACAUCAUCAUCAUGUUUAAUUCCUUCAUGUUCUACAUCUUCGAUUGUAACUACAGAUUCUAAUUCAAUUCUAACCAAUUCCACCACAUCUAUACAAUCGAAUAAAAUAAUGAAUACAGGAAUAACCACUAAUACAACGACGACAACAAUUACAGUAAAUACGACGAUGACAACAGCGAAUCAUAAUCAAAAUAAUGUCGGUCAAAAUACUGAAAGCCUAUUGAUGACAGCUGAUAAACAAUCAAUAGAAAAUCACUUAAAUAAACAGACACAGUCUAUAAACGACGCUCAAAACGGUAUAAAUUCAGUGAAAACAAUUCACAAAGAACAUGAGAAAGAUUUGAAUUCCCCAUUAUUAGAUCAUAUACACUCGUCUAAUUCACCAAGUACAGCUCCUUCAUCUCCAAUAGGUGGAGGUGUUCAAUCAAUUCGAAAGAAAUGUAACUCAUUAGCUCAUUCAUCAUCUCCUCCUCUAAAAUCCCAAUCGAGACAGACUGUAAUGCAUCAAAAUUCUAAAGAUGUACAAUCACGACAAUCUCCAGCUCAGUCACCUAUAUCUGGUCAGAAAUCAGGCUCAACGUCUUCACCUAAUAAUAAUCUCAAUGUUAAUAAUAUAUCUCGUGAAAAAACACAUACUACUAAUGGGACAGCAAAUCUACAACCCGAUAUAAACGGACAAACUAUUAAAUAUUCGACUCUAGAAAAUCCACGUUUAAAAUCUGAGAUUAGGAAACCCCGUUUAGACGGUUUGAAAACUGUGGAUAAUAUAACUUGUGGAAGUCCUGCAUUAACAUCAUCAUCAUCAGCUUCUACUACAAAUAGUCCAAUAUUAUCUCAUACAAUAUUAUCUAAUGCUCCACCAACAAGUCCUACAUCAGGAACAACUCAUCAACCAUGGCGUGUAAAAUUAAAUAAUUUAAAAAUGUCCUUUUUAGGAUCACCACGAUUUCAUCGGAAAAAAUCAUCCCUUAUUCAUACGACUGAUCAAUUGAGUGAAACACCUCCGAGUAGUCCAAAUUCUUUUACACAAAGUCAGUGGAGAAACUCUGGACGAUCAUCUGGUUUAGAACCAUCCCCUUUAUUAACUCAUAAAUCAUGGUUCAACGGUUUCUUAACAGCUGCCUCUGGUCAUGUAAUCAUUAAAGGCAGUCAACAUGCAGUGAAUGCAGCCGCAGCAGCACAAGAUUCCGCAGCACUAGCAAUUUCUAUUCAAUCUAAAUGUAAAGAAGAAUGUAGUCAAAGUAAAGAUGAACAUGAACAAAAUGAAUUUUCUCUCGAACAGGAUGGAAAUUCAGCGAGAUUAUCGGAUUAUGUCACAUCCAGUAAUGAAUUAGUAGAGAAUUGGAAAAAUUUCAAUAUAGUAUAUGAAGAAAAUAACGCUACCACUACUAGCAAUAAUAUCAACACAGAUUCACAGUCUUCAACUUCUCAACCUUCAUCACCAUCGUAUUCAUGUGUUUCAGAUGGUGUAUCAAAAACUCACCAAUACCACCAUCAUCCUCAUAAUCAUCACCUUCAUUAUCAUCAGACACACCAACAAUCGCAUCAUCUUAGCGCUACGACAGAUAUUCAGUUCAAUGCAAAUCAGUUACAUCCUUCUUCAGACCCGUUCUCAAAUAAUAAAGUAAUUGAAAGACGUGGACCUAAACCAUUUAUAUCAACAAAUUCUGUCACUAGUACUACCACCGCAACGACAUUAAACAAUAGCAGUACCCCAGGAGGUGUAAAUGCUCCACCAGAGGAAACAAAUCAUGUUGUUAUGGUUAAGGGCCGUGCUUUAAACAGACUUAAAGCAGAACUUGUACAAGUUUUUCUAGCUACACCUGGUGUUGUUCAUACAGUAAUUUCACCAACAAGUUUUCGAGCUGAAUAUCGUCGUGCAGGCAGUGGAUCAAGUUUACUUGCUCGACCUGUCAAACUUCAAGUGGAUAUGGUACGUGCAACGGGUGGAAUUAGUACAGGUUCUGGACACCAGAAUAAUAUAAAUUCCAUUUCAUCUGAAAGAGAAGUGUAUGCAGUCAAUUUUCAACUAUUAUCAGGUCCAACGCGUCGGUUCAAACGUUUAUGUGAUCAACUACAAACGGCUUUGCUGUCUGGUACUGCGCAUCCGAAUUUUGUGGCUCAUAGUACAUUGAAUUCUAAUGUUCUAGUUGGAGGAACACCAUCGAUAACUAGUGUUCCACCAACAACUAAUGUUGGUACACCUAUUUUAAAUACAUUGACUCCAAACUCUACCAAAGCAACAAGCCUUGUAUUGGAUGGACAAACUCCAGAACAAAAUAAUUCUGAUUCACUUUUCAACCAAAGUCAUGUUCACCAAUCUAUACAGUCCCGGUUCAGUGAUGAAGAUGCACUAUUUUCUUCAAAGUUAACCAAUCCUGAUGAAACUACUAGCCAAAAGCAUACAAAAGUACGAAAUAACUGUAAUUAUCAGUUAUCGACAAGAUACUAUUUUUAGUAGUCCUCGGAAUUUUGAGUUUGAUUUCCACUCUUUUGGUCACGGGUCUCCAAAUGCCCAUUUUUUCAACUUUUUAGAGACCUCUGUUUACUAGCUUCAUAGUUUUGUUAAAUUGUUAUCAAACUAUCAGUUUACUUUUAACUGCUCUAGGUCAAUAUAAUAAAAUAAAUUGAUACAUAUGGCUUUAAAACAGUCAGUAUAUUCUUAUAGUCUCCUUACACAAAUAAUCUCUUUUGCCGAAGGCUAUACUUUACAUGACAAUUAUUGACAAGACUAUAAUUUAUAGACGAACCAAAUUAGAUCUAAGAUAACAGGUCUUGGAUUUAUUUACUGAUCUAACCUUGGUGUAGCAAUGCUUCAUUUGCACUGACUAAUAGAUAACUUUAACCCGCUUACGUUUUUUUUGUUCGCACCGUUCAUGUUCCACAUCAGUUUGUUGUAGGCGUUCUGAGAAACGUUCAUAGACGCUUGCUAAAAACCAUACAAAAUCAAAGUUAUCAGAAGUUCAUUGGAGAAGUCAUUUUUGUGAACUUUAAUCAUUCUAAUAUGCUGGGUUUUGGUUUCUUAGAGUACAAACAAAAAAAAUUGAUUAUGUCAUCUUUAUUGAUUAAUUUUAGUAAUCACAAAUCCUAUAUUCAAAGCUAGAUUUCAAAUGAUAGUUAAGUCAUAACAUUAUGUAAAGUUCAAAAUCAAUAUAGUGUUACUUGACUAAGUAGUCAUACUGCAUUAUGCAUUCCAUAAAUUAACUUAAGAAUUAAGCAGUGAGUUAACCUUUAGUUUCAUGUUUCUAUACGUCUGUUAGAGAAACUGUCUCUUCCCUCAAGGUACACUGUACAUUAAACGAUUUGUAAUUUAUAUAUUUUACCUAAUACACUAUUUAACCCGGUGUCUAAAAAUAAUUGUUUGAUUUCAGAAUACUGUUUCUAUAUAAACUUUUUUAUUCAGAACGUUCAGAUAACUUUUUUCCACAUUAAUUAUGCUUUUUUUACAGACACCUUUUCCUACCGCCUCUUCACAACCUCAUGAAACAAUAAAUUCUACAUCAGAUUCCCUAAUUUGUCAAUGAGUCUUCUAUCCACCCGCGUACUCCUCCUUCCAAUAUGCAUACAAUCCCAAAAAGCCUUUCAUUUCCAUUAAUACUCCCCAAAAGUACAUGAUAAGAAGUGGAAUUAUAAAUAUUUUUCUCUUUGGAUAUCCAACAACCUUCAUAAUUCUUCAUUUUUAUGUUGCAUUAAAACCAAACGUAUACAUAUAUGACCUUUUGACCUUUUUUUUUGAAAUAUAGCAACACUAAAAUAAUAAGACGAACAUUGAUGCUAGUUUGCAUCAUUAACUAUUAUUACUUUUUGCUGAAAUGUUUUGCUACUUCUAUAAAACAAUCAUUCUUUUCAUCCUUUCCUUUCCACUAUGUUGAUCGUCUUUAUUUUUUCUCAUGACAUUUAUACGCAACAUAUAUAUCCAUGUAUACUCAUGUGUACUUGGAUUCAUCAUUUGAAUGUAGAUAACGUUUCUUGUUCAUCUUUAAUAGUUUUAAUUAAUGUUAAUACAAUUAUUCUGUUACAAUCGGUUGAAUUUCUUAAAACGGAUUAAUUACAUGCAUAAAGGUCAUUUCUAUUCAUGUAUGAAGUGAUUAUGUCAUUAUAGUAUAUUUUUUCUAUGAGAAUCAAACAGACAGAUAUAUCGGUAAACAGUUUUUUUUCUCUGGUCUCAAUGUCCUCUGAUAUUGUCCGCGUCGUAAAAUUAUCCAUUCAUUAUUAUUACUAUUACCAUUAUUAUUAUUAUACAUUAUUCUUGCUCUAAUUACUUGCAAUGCUGUAAAUGGUAGAGAGGUUGUUCAUGAUCUAAUACCUAAUUUAUAUAUUGAAACAAAUUAUCUAAGUUUGUUCUAUCUCCUUAAAGUCAACAUUUAUAUCUUGCUAAUCUAGGAUGAUAAUUCGGUCUACCCAUUAUUAUAACUAUUAUUAUUAUUAUUAUUAUU